AUGACUCUUAACAGCGAGAACGCUAUGGCUCGGUUCCUUCUGGCCAUCCUAAAACAGAAGAACCUCAAAGACAUCGACUGGAAUCUAGUCGCCUCAGACCCUGUCCUCCUCCAGCCCAUUACGAAUGGCCAUGCUGCAAGGAUGCGCUUCGCUCGGUUCAAGGCCACUGUCACUGGCCAUGAACCACAGAAGAGAACUCGUCCUGCAGACAAGUGCCGGGUAACAAAGUCGAAAAAGACUCAACAGCCCAAGAGAGAAAGUGUGGGCAAGUCAGACUCGGCAGCGAGCCUGCAGUCCUAUGCCCAAGUUCGUCAAAGUCCUAUCAUCAAGCAGGAACAAAACCAACAUGGCUAUCUGGCGCAGUUCUCUCCCGCCUCGACUUGUUCUCCUUACCUGACCGACAACCGAGACGACUUCAACAACCAUCGCUUCCUCACUCCUUGCAGUGAUGACAUGGCUCAAGGGCUUAUCAACCCAGCCUCACUCGAGGACGUGAGGUUGCGUAAUGGGUUUGGUCCCUCGAUGGACUCUGCUCCUGACUUCAUGGCUCAGCCUAUGCCUGAUCCCAUCAUCGUGGAACAGUCGCCCUUCCAUACGUUUGACGCCGCUUACGAUUUGACAUCCUACAAAUCUGCCAUCGGCGACGCCCAGAGCCCCAACGCUCUCGACAUUAGUGGUGCUCCAUCUCUUCCUGAUUGCAACACUGAAUGGAUGAGCCACUUCAACGACACACCUUUUUAA